AUGUCGGCGCAACGAGCAAUGUCUCUCUCAUCCUAUCUGGUCAAGCCUGCCGAGCUCAAUGCUGCUCUGAAAGGCAAUGCCCCCACCAAGUUGGCUACCUCGCCUCGAGUCAUCCCCUUGUGUGCCAGCUGGUUCAUGCCCAACGACCCCGAGAAAAGAACGGGAUAUGAGGUCUUCAAGCAGGGUCAUAUUCCUGGUGCUCGCUUCUUCGACCUCGAUAUUGUAGCCGACACCAGCUCUCCAUACCCUCACAUGUUGCCUAGCCCUCAAGUCUUCACCGAAGCUAUGCGCAAGCUAGGAAUCCGCCGCGAUGAUAACAUCGUUGUAUACGACAGUGCCGAGCUUGGCAUCUUCAGCGCACCUCGAGUUGCUUGGACUCUUCGCGUAUUCGGCCAUCCAAGCAUUCACAUCCUGAACAACUACAAGCUUUGGGUUGAGGAGGGUCUUCCGGUCGAGCAAGGCGAACAAAGGGAUCUGCCCGAGUCACAAUAUCCGGAGCCACAAAUUGAUCCUUCCAAGGUCGCUGCUUUUGAACAAGUCAAGGAGGUUGCCAAGGACUACAACAAGGAAGGCAGAGAAGGUGUGCAAAUCUUGGAUGCCAGAUCUUAUGGUCGCUGGAGUGGUGCCGACCCUGAGCCCAGGCCUGGACUUUCUUCUGGCCAUAUUCCCGGCUCUAUCAGCGUUGCCCUGCCCGAACUCCUGGACCCCAAGACCAAGACACUGCUUUCUAGAGACGAACUGCUCGAUAUCUUCAGAACUAAGGGAGUGGACCCUUCCAAGCCCAUCAUCAGCUCUUGCGGCACAGGAGUCACUGCCAGUGUCAUCGACGCUGCUUUGACUGAGGCCGGUUUCCCUGAGACUAACAGAAGAGUCUACGAUGGCAGUUGGACAGAGUGGGCACAGCGAGUCCAGGCCACCGACAAUUUGAUCCAUAAGAGUCAGUGA